UUCUCAACUCUUCUCUAUUACACUCUCUACUACUUUUCAAUUUCAAGUGUUUAACAACCCAUCUACCCACUCAGAUUCACUUCUAUUCAUAUUAUAUAUAGUAAUUUGCAUUUUUUGAAAUUGUCAUUAUAAAACAGAACCAUGAAGAAUGUGUGUAAUGUGGUGCAGGCCAUGAAACCCACCCUGCUAAUGCUGGUUGUGCAAGUAGCAUUUGCCGGAGUUAAUAUCUUCUACAAGCUUGCCGUCAACGAUGGCAUGAACUUGAAAGUCAUUGUUGCCUACCGUUUUCUGUUUGCCACCGCUUUCAUUGCUCCACUUGCUCUCAUUCUUGAAAGGAAGAAGAGAACAAAGAUGAAUUGGACCAUACUGUUUCAGUCAUUUCUUUGCGGCUUAUUUGGGGGAUCUUUAGCUCAGAAUUUCUACUUGCGAGCUCUGUCCUUAACAUCUGCAACAUUUGCAUCUGCAAUGGCUAAUCUUGUACCAGGCAUAACCUUUAUCAUGGCCGUUUGCUUUGGUUUGGAAAGAUUGAAUUUGAGAACAACAUUCGGAAAGGCCAAAAUAAUGGGUACAUUAAUUGGAAUUGGUGGAGCAAUGGUUCUUACAUUCGUUAAAGGUAAAGAUAUUGAGAUAGGGACGUUUCACUUUAACCUUUUGCCUGAGAAUGGCGCACACCCACAGGUGCAGGCUACCGGCGGCGGUGCCAAGACCGUCAUGGGUGCUUUGUGCGCUCUGGCUAGUGGAGUCAGUUAUGCGUUCUGGCUCAUCAUUCAGGCGAAAAUGAGUGAAAGAUAUCCUCAUCCCUACUCUAGCACAGCGUUGAUGUCACUGUGGGGAGCAUUAGUGUCCAUUAUGUUUGCACUUUUCGUUGAGAGGGACUGGAAUCAGUGGAGGUUGGGUUGGAAUAUUAGGCUUUGGACUGCAGCAUAUGCGGGUAUUGUGGUUUCUGGGAUUAUGGUGGUUGUGAUUUCAUGGUGCAUCCGCAUGAGAGGCCCAUUAUUUGCCUCUGUUUUUAACCCUCUGAUGCUUGUAAUAGUCGCCUUGGCUGGUUCUACCAUGUUGAAGGAGAAGCUACACCUUGGAUGCAUUAUUGGAGCUGUGCUGAUUGUGUGUGGCUUAUACAUGGUUUUAUGGGGUAAAAGUAAAGAGAUGAAGAAAAAUAAUCAAUUGGUGCCAGCAGCAGAUAACAGCCAUGAGGAUGAGUCUGAUAGGGUGGAAGUAGUAGUUAGGGAUGAAGUAGAAGAUAAAAGCAACCAAAAGAAAAGACAUAAAAAUGAUGAAAAAGUAAUUGGGGAUUACCGCGAAGAUCGAAAGCUAGAGCAGAAUUUAGAUGUACCAAGUCAGAGUAACCAGGGAAGAGAUGAGGAAAAUUCUAAUACUGUUUUCUGUACUUAAUAAAUAUCUAAUGUAUGCUUAUGUUUUUUUAUUGUACUAAGGAAUAGAAAUAGAUUCAUCCAUGAAAAGUAUAUUUCU